AUGGAGUUUGUCAGGACGCUCUCCACUGUGGAUGUGGAAAAGUUACUGAAGAGUUUGGGGGAUUGUCCAGAUUUCCUCAGCUUCCUUAGAAAGAAGCCUUUUUUUAGCCUUCUUGAUGAUCUGCAGUGUGUCAUGGGUCCAGGUGAGAUGCUGUCACAGGGCAAGAGGCAGGCUACACCCUGUACAGGUGGAAGGGAUGAGCCCUCCAGCUAUAUAUGUACCACCUGUAAGCAGCCCUUUCCCAGCGCCUGGUUCCUGCUACAGCAUGCCCAGAAUACCCAUGGCAUUCGCAUUUACCUUGAGUCCAGCCCCUCCAGCACAGCCCUCACACCUCGUCUCACUAUGCCUCCACCCAUGGGCAAUGACUCCAUUCCACAGUCCCCCCUCACCAACUUUUUAGGGGACAACAACCCUUUCCACCUACUGAGGAUGACAGGACCUCUGCUCCGUGAACCUCCCCCAGGCUUUGUAGAGAACCGCCUCCCCAGCACACCGCCGUUUGUCAGUCCACCUCCCCGCCACCACUUGGACCCCCAUCGCCUGGAACGCCUUAGCGCCGAGGAAAUGGGCCUCAUCUCCCAGCACCCCAGUGCCUUUGAAAGGGUGAUGCGGCUAACACCUAUGGCUAUGGAGUCCCAGUCUAUGGACUUCUCCAGGCGGUUACGAGAGUUAGCAGGGAACACUAACAGCACCACGCCACCAUUAUCACCCAACAGGCCUAACCCUAUGCAUCGACUACUAAACCCCAAUCCCUUCCAACCUGGGCCAAAGUCGCCCUUUCUGAGCACCCCUCCCUUGCCGCCGAUGCCCCCAAACAGCACCACCCCUCCCCAGACACAGAACAAGAUCAAGUCCUGUGAGUUCUGUGGUAAGACCUUCAAGUUUCAGAGCAACUUGGUGGUGCAUCGGCGCAGCCAUACUGGAGAAAAACCAUACAAGUGCCAGUUGUGUGACCACGCUUGCUCUCAGGCAAGCAAGUUGAAGCGCCACAUGAAGACCCACAUGCACAAGGCUGGAUCUCUGAUGGGGCGUUCGGAUGAUGGCCUGUCCACCACAAGCUCCCCAGAGCCAGGCACUAGUGACGUCACAGGUGAGGGAAUGAAGAAUCGUGAUGGUGAUUUCCAGGGGGAAGGUAAUGAGGAGGAAGAAGAGGAGGAAGAGGAAGAGGAACUAGAGAAUGAGAGUCGACCAGAAUCAAAUUUCAGCAUGGAGUCCGAGUUCUACCGGAACAGGGAGAAUGGUUCUAAACCUCCAUCAGAAGAGAAGUCAUCCCUUGGCCUUGAGAAGAUGGUGGAAAGUGGGGGCCUCAACUCUAUACAGCAGUACAAUAAUUUGAUAGUUGACAAUCGUAAAAGGAUGCCCUUCCCCAAGAGGGGCUCAGAUGGCCAGCGGGACACUGGAGAUGAGGAUUCAGUGGCUGGGGAAAUAGAUCACCACCAACAGGAAGAGAGGACAACCAUUAAUGGCCGGAACUGUGGCUCCGGUGAUUCUUUCUCAGGUCUGUUCCCCCGUAAGCCCACCCCCAUCACCAGCCCGACCCUGUCCAACUCCUCAAAUAAGAGGAUCAAGAUAGAAAAGGACUUGGACAUUCCCCCAGUACCCCACAUUCCUUCUGAGAACGUGUACUCACAGUGGUUGGUGGGCUAUGCUGCCUCACGCCACUUCAUCAAAGACCCUUUUCUAGGCUUCAGUGACUCCAGACAAUCGCCCUUCGCCACCUCAUCUGAGCACUCAUCAGAGAACGGCAGCCUGCGCUUCUCAACCCCUCCAGGUGACUUGCUGGACGGUGGCUUGUCUGGCCGCAGUGGCACUGCCAGCGGGGGCAGCACACCUCAUCUAAGUGGAGGCCCUGGUCCAGGUCGACCUAGCUCCAAAGAUGGCAGGAGGUGUGACACCUGCGAAUUCUGUGGUAAGGUAUUCAAGAACUGUAGCAACCUGACGGUGCACCGGCGUAGUCACACUGGUGAAAGGCCCUACAAGUGUGAGCUGUGCAACUAUGCCUGUGCCCAGAGCUCCAAGCUCACACGCCACAUGAAGACACAUGGCCAGCUUGGUAAAGAGGUCUAUCGCUGUGACAUUUGCCAAAUGCCCUUCAGUGUGUACAGCACCCUGGAGAAACAUAUGAAAAAGUGGCACGGAGAACAUUUGAUGACCAGUGAGGUCAAAAUUGAACAAACAGAGAGAGCCUAGAGCUAGUUCCCUGUUUCUAUACUCUGCGCCACACUUUGACUUCAAAAUAAUAAAAAGGGGUAGCUGGAUACUUUUUUAUAUGAUAUUA